CUGCUGCUGCGGUGAAGUACGUUUUGCGCAGUUGGUGGCACGUAGCAGCAAUAUGUUGGUGCAGUCGAUAAACAUUUAACUCGAACAUUAAGCCCCAAGAGUUGAUUGAUAGUUGAACUUUGGAGUAGUUGUGAAGUGUUCUUAACAAAUUAAAAAUGCAAACUUUACAUCAGGUGUUUGCGCUUUGGAUAGUUUUCAUGAGUCAGUGCUUCUCUAAGGAAUCAACGACGGACGUAUCAACAACGGAUAUACAGUUCAAUCAGACAGUAUCAGAUCCAACUGAUCCUGAAAGUAAAUCUAAAGUGCUCUCAAGGCGGAAACGAUAUAUUGUGUUCCCGGAAGGUGCAAGUUUCUCGGUAGCUGUCUGUAUGACAAUUGGAAUGUAUGGAAAUCCCAAUUAUCAGAUGUUCAGUUGGGCACUCAAUUGGGGCAUUGCGUACAAUUUGCCCAACCAGACGAUAAGUUUCGAGCACGAAAUGAAGGAACCAAAACCAAUGGCCCAAAGAAGGCAUCGACGUGAUUUAUAUCACAAGCUAGAAGUGGCCAUGAAUGACAUGGGUUACAGUGGCCGGGAAUGCAUUUUGCGAGCGCUUUGCGAAAGUUCGCAAUACUUUGGAAAGAAGGGAUCCAACAUGAUAGCGGAAAUGCUAAGAACAUUGUUUAGCUUUCCAAAGUCCAAAGUUUUAUCGUUCGAGCAUAGUGAUACCAGAAUCUACGAUGAGGCACACCGGAAAGGACGGAGCAAAGUUCUGUGCCAGUCACUGUAUCCGACCUGUGGCUUUUCGUUGCUAGAGCUUGCGUUGGGGAAAUAUACAAGUCCGUAUAGUUUUAUGUGAUAAGAAGAAAAAACUUAUAUAUUGCGUAAUUUACCCGACUAACAUAUCAGCAUAUGUUAUUAUGUUAUAAGGUUUUUUCGAACAUAGGUUGUUACAAACUUGAU